GGAAGUCAAGCUACAUCAGCUAAACACGCAUGCGCCGCAGCUCUGUACAAUCAAGGGCUGCGUUUCUCUUCAUAAAACGGUAAGGACAAGCUUACAUCUGACUCUAUGUCCUUUGGUGUGUUUGUCGCCGAAACAUUGAGCGCUUUUACGACACUAACGAUGGUAAAAGCCGGGGGUUCCGGGGUAAAUCGACCGGCCAGCCUCACAGAGAAUGGAGGGGCAACGCCGUCGCCGUGCCGUUGUUUGCUGUACGUGCCGCCGCACAGGGAGACGUCAUUUUGAGGGGGAGCGGAGAGUUAAAAUGCAGAGUUACGAAGGGACGUACGGUUCAGAGACAAGCGGCACGUAACCGUCACACUGUAAAUGCAAAGCUAUAACCGUCUCGGUCAGUAUAGUUCACAUAAUAGUCCACUUGACCACACAGCUAGUAACGCCCUAGUGUGAGCCAUAAUGGCUACCGUCGAAUCUAGACUGCUGGCUGUGUGGAUCUCAGCAGAGAAAAGCGAACAGUUGUCCACUCUGAGCGUAACAUCCCGUCUAACUUGGAGGGGAAUGUACUUUUUUUCACCUGCCACAAAUCUGCCACUGACGUAGAUGACGGUGUACAAUCCUUGCCUCCAACCGCCUUUACGUUAGCAUCAUUCAAAGCUGCAGUUAAACACUCGGUGCGAUGAAACGGCUUGGUAUAAAAUAUCGCCAUUUACAAAGUUGUACCGUUACCAUACGUUAUGGCUUUCUAAAAGUGUGGCUCUCAUUUUGAAGCUACUUCUGAAACUAUUCCAGAACCUGGUAAAUCCAGGCUUGGUUGAUGGGAUAAAGAUACUUAGCUUAGAUUUUUGGUCAUAAAUGAACCGUUGUGGGUGUAAAUUGAUGUUACAGCGGUUUUGCCGCUAUAAGUCCACGAAUUUAAACUACAUUUAAACACUCACUACAACUUUGACAAUUCAUCCAAGGAACAAUUAUGGCCUAUAAUAGUGGGUAGGCUCAUUUUAAAUUUAAUGUUAGCAUCACAUUUUAUCAAAGUUUGGACGGGAGGGUAUUUUGAAUGUUAUCUCAUUCUUUCUUUGACCCUGAAUUUCUUCUCCUCAACAGUUUGGGGCCUCAGAUGUUUUAUAUGAGCACUAAGUUAGUUCUGCAGGUAGGCCAGUUAAAGGGAUAUUCUGGCGUAAAAUUAAGUUAGUCAUUCUAAGUUCUAGUCAUACCAACUUUCGGAACAACCGCAGAUAGCAAUACAGAGAGCCACACACUCAACCAAAAAGCCACUCUAUAGCUACAAAUAAUGCUCAGAACAGCACCUAACUUCAUCAACAGUACAUAUAGUGUCCUAGCCAUAGUACUAGCCACCAAACAUCUUUUUAACGUUGCCUGAUUUCUUUAACAAAGAGACUAAACACAACUCACCCACUCUCUUCCAGCAGCCGCUUGUUUGUACGAAGACCUCCGGGCAAGUCCAUCGACUGCAGCGGGGUGACGCAGCUCAAGGAAGAAUAUUUAUGAUCAUUACUUUAUAGAAAUGCAAUCAGAUAGAAACGCUAAGGCAGAAGAACUACCACGUCUGCAGUGCAAAAUGAUUAAUAUGGUGAUUAUUACUUCAAGGAAAUGAUAAAGUAAUGAUCAUAAAUGUUCUUCCUUGAGCUGUGUCACCCCGCUGCAGUCGAUGGACUUGCCCAGAGGUCUUCGUACAAACAAGCGGCUGCUGGAAGAGAGACGCUGAGUUGUGUUUAGUCUCUUUGCUAAAGAAAUCAGGCAAAGCUAAAAAGAUGUUUGGUGGCUAGUGCUAUGGCUGGGACCCUGUAUGUACUGUAUGGGUGUCUAACUUGGUGUUACGGUGUGUUUGACCCUAACUUAAUUUAGGCAGCACCUGGACCCUUCCGCUAUCCAGCCAUGCUGUUGCAAUAUGUGCAAAAUGUGGUUUGGUAUAUCUGGCCAAAGUAUGCAAGGCCCUCUCCAAACUACGGCAUUGUCUGGAUGGCAGCAUAAUAUGUUGCUCCAACAAAUACUGCUGGCAUCAGAUUUAAAAUGAGGAUAUAUCAUUCAUAUACUAUAAAAUGUGCAAGUGGAAGCAGUGUGUAUUGUCUUACAUUUGAAUGAAUCUGCUCUUUAUCAACAUUUACCACAUAUUCCCAACUCUUGGAAUUGGACAUGAACAAAACACAGUUGAGCUUCAGAUUAGAUUUAUACAGUAUAACUGUUAUUAACAUAUGUCCCUUUUUGUCCUGUAUUUCUCGAAUGCAUACAUCCUUCUCAGAUGAACAAACUGGAUAGCUCUGACAAAAAAGCAGUCCCCCUCUGCGGUCUACUCUGAGUGUAAUGGCGACCAAUGAAGAGGUCUCAGUGUCCAUGGCCGAGGUGGUGAUGGUGAAGGCUGAAGGUGAUGAGGACCCAAAUGAUCCAAAUAAAACUCAGGUCAUCCUCCAGCUCCAGCCAAUAACUACAGGGUAUGUAAGAAAAAUUGGUGUAAAAUAAAUUACACCAUCACUUCUUGUAAUGAGGGCCUGUAUGAGUGGGCAGCUUAGGAUACCAGCUCAGAGAGACAUUUUUUGGUUUUGAUUAAAACAACUUAAUGUAAAUAAUAUGUAAAUUUUGUUUCCUCAUCAGAGAUGAAUCUGCUGAAACGGAUGCAGCUGUCAUGGCAGUUGAAGCGCAACCAGGUAAUAAAAUGUCAGAAUGAUAUCCAUACAACAUCUAAAAAAUCUAUUGGUGCAUAUAAUAAGCGUAUUUUCCCAAACAUUUCUAUCUCUGAACUCUCUUCACGAUGAAAAUGCUGUGUGCGUAUAUUUUGAUUCCUCCAGAACAAACUGAGGGAGAAGACGUCGAGAUUGGUUGUCCCAUAACAUGUGGCGACUGUAAAGCUGUUUUGCUUGUCAAGAAAUUUGUGUGCCCAGGAAUCAAUGUGAAAUGUGUUAAGGUUGGUCACCAUCUUUGUUUUUCAGUCCAUAUUGUAAAAAAUAUCAGCUGCAGAAGGGUUUAACUGUAGGUUUUGUAUAGCCAUUGUAUUUUGUGUAAAAAUGAGUCAAAACACUCACAAACAUUGAUAUGGAAACAUUCAGAUGUAGACUAAACUGUUAUAUACACUCAGUGCCAUACAUAACUGAAAGGCAAAAAGGGUCAUUCAAUAGUCUGUCCCUCUACAGGAAAUAAAGACACAUCACUUCUAAUGUAUGAUAUUGUAUUUAAUAUAGUAUGAAGACCAGCUGAUUAGCCCGAAGCAGUUUGUGCACAUUUCUGGAAAGGCCACUUUGAAGGACUGGAAAAGAGCCAUCAGGAUGGGAGGAGUCAUGCUAAGGUGAGGAGACAUUUGUGCCAGUGAGAAGAGAACCAAAUUUCAAUAUUUUGAGCGCUGGUUGGUCUCAAUACUGGACAGUUAAAUUACAGUGUGCAUGAAAGUUUUGUACAUUCUAUAGAAAGUGUUUCAGACCAGAUGGGUGACUCUUGUAUCUUGAAUAAGAAUCUGAAAUGUGAGCGAGAUGAAAUAUUGCCAACAUUUGUAUCCUCCAAACGUAUUUAUGAUACUUUCUUGACUUGCUGAAACAAAUUAAUCGCCUGAAAUCCAACCAAUUCAAAUUUCUGAACCGUGUACCGUUUCUUCUCCUCAGAAAAAUGAUGGAUUCUGGUCAGUUGGACUUCUAUCAGCACAGCACGCUGUGCACCAACACGUGUCGCAGCACCAAGUUUGACCUUCUGAUCAACAACACACGGUUCCCUCCUGACGGCACAGGGCUGAACACGCCCACGUCCUCUCAAGGUGAGAAGAAGAGUUCAAAGCCUGGGAGUCACAGCUGAACUUUCAAUGUGAUAUCAACCUGUGUGGUAGAGUAUUUAUUGGAUUUUAUACAUUCUGUUUGCCGUAUUCAUCAUGUGUCAGAUGUUUUGAAUGUUUUAUGUGUUUGAAAGAAAGCAAAACAACAAUUUUUAAGAAUUUAAGUUGACUGGAAGAUAAAUGAAAUAAUAAUUCCAUUUUAAUUCAUUCGGUUCAGUUCAAGUUUAUUCCUGUCGGGUCUCGGGGAUAGAUUGUUUCGGAGCAGCUUGAAAGCAAAAGACAUGAAAAACACAGCAGAAUACAUAAAAUAGUGAAUGAAACAAGAGAGCUGAAAUAUUAAUUCUGAGAUCCAAAAUGAAUCCUGGAAUCAGGCGAACUGCUUAAAAUGGAUAAAGUGAAUAAAACAAUAAAUGCAGAAUUUUGUUAAAAGCAUGCUCAUGUUAGGUUGAUGAAAGGUCACUGCAAAUAAUAUCCUGAGAUAACCUUUGUGAAGAGAUGUAUCAGCGGUCUUUAUUACCACCAGUUAAUUGAUUCAUGAGUAGUUUUAUGGCAUCAAAAGGCACAGUGAGGAGGUUUUGGUUGACUUUAAAAAGGUCUGGCACUAAUGCCUCUUCAUGACCUACAUAGUAAAACGAAAUGAUGAGCAACCUGAUUGAUUAUUUCUAUGUACUGGAGUAAAGUGCUUGUGUCUUCAUCACUCUGCAUCCUAAAAAGUUUCCUUGAUCAAAGAAAAGUAAAAGGAAGAUCUGUAUGGCUUUUAUAAUUGGCAUUAGUGUUGGGUGGUAUGAACAAAAUCUUAUAUCACGGUAUGAUUAAUUUCAUAUCACGCUAACUGUAUAUAUCAUGGUACGCCCCCCCCCCCCCCCCCAAAUUCAUCUAAUGGCUUAAAAAAUGACCAUAUUAUCACAUUUGUUCAUUUUCCUUUUAUUUUUAAACUCAGAUUUGUUUACAUAUACAUAUACAUGUAGUCUACCUUUGGCAAAAGACUCUGCCAAGCUCUUUUGUAUGAGACGAGCUGCUGCAACUUUAGUUUCUGGUGCAGCUGGUGCGCCACGCAUCUUUUGGCUCUCAUAAUAGAGCUUGGCGUGUUUCAUCUUUAGGUGGUGGAAGAGGUUGCUUGUGUUUUCCUCCAGCAACAACAGGCACACGACACUCUUAGCAUAGUAUUGUUUUUUGAUCGUUGUCGGAUUUUCUCCAGACAGACAAUGUUGCAACUCGCGCCCUUUUUCGGAAUGCGUCCCUCCCCCUUUUCCUCAUGUUGGGUGGGUCGGGCUGCCUCCGUUUGCUCAGUACUGCCACUAAUCUCCGUGUCCACCAUGACCACCACCAGUGAAGCUGUUUCUCCUUCGUCGAGACUAUGCCAAGCAGUCUGUUGGACACGCUGGUGAUUAUAGGGAGCGCACCCAAACCUGAUCAGUCAAACAGAGCGAACAAACUCUGCACAACACGCUGGUGAAUAUAGGGAAACACACCCAAACUGAUGCGCUCCGGCUCUCCUGUUAGCGAGCACAGACAACUACACAGUGACUCAGCAGACAUCUGCUCUCUCUCUCCAGUAUAAACGGUAGAGCAAAAUUUCUACCAGUAGACACUUUUAUACCGUCACGUUAUAUACCGUCAUACCGCCCAACACUAAUUGGCAUGAGACACAUCUUUACCAAGGUGAGUUAUGGGAAAUGUAGUCUUCACCCCCCUGAAAAACAAUUUCAUUGAAAGUAAUCGCUGAAUAAACACAGCAUAAAAACUCCUCACAGUGCCUUUAACUCAAAAAUAACAGUUUAAAAUCUCACAUCCUCUUUUCAUGGCGAUGAUAAUACAGGACACCUAAAUAAUAUGUGAGUAAUAGCUUCUCCAACAACUAGAACCUACUCGGGUGUAAUAUUUACCACACUCACAAGGCAUGAAAUAUAAAAUAGGAUUAUUUUCUAUAACAGGAUAAAAAAGUCUGUCCUGGAAUAUAAAGCCUGAGGUGUCAUUUUAAUGCAGUAAGGAUAAAGGAAAUUAAAUGGCAGUCAGUUUUACAGGCAUGUAAAUACACCACCAGAGAAAUAAAAUACACUUAGAGGAGCAUGUCCAGGAGAUGCAGCCUAAUAAGGAACCUCUGAACUUCACUUUAAUUGUUUUGAAACCAUAAGAUGUAGUUAAUCUCAAUUUAUUUGUUCCCAGGGAUCUAAAAAGAAACAAACUUUUUGCUCAUAUUGACCUGUAGCAGAGUUCUUGUGAUACCAGGAUUUCAAACUUUGUUAUAGUACCAUUGGGGAAAACAGUGGACAGGUGUUUUGUGUAACACUUUCAGACCAUCGACCUAUCAAAACAAUGAAAAUUCAUUUUGUGUGUUCUCUUAUGUAAGUUGCAGCUCAGGUGGUUCUGGGUAAUGGCGGUGCUGUGGGCGAGGACCGAGUUGAGGUUCUGAGCGGGAAGGCAGACUGGAGCUCAAGCUCACUGGACUCUGCAGACAAAAAGGAGUCUAAUGAGAUCUCAGGUCACAGAGAGCACACAUCCCAGUGAUGAUGAUUCAUUUAACAGCAGUGAUGAUACCCCAGAGCAGACCACUGACAGAGACCUGUCUGUGUUUCUGUCCACAGAGGACACGCUGAACUUCUGGAAGGGGAUCGCCGACGUGGGCCUGCUGGGUGAAGUGGUGACCAACAUCAGCACAGUGCUGCAGGAGCUGCUGAGCGGUGUGCAGCAGAGAAAGGAACCAGCAACUUUACAGGAAACAGGUACAGAAAAAUACACUGUGACUCAAAUGAGAAGAAAAAAGAAAGAAUGAACAAAUUCAACUGCUGUUGUAAGCUAGACGGAAGGAAAAACCAACAUCACCAUGCGUUCAAACGGCUCCUCAACAUUUCUGCAGUGACAGUGGAUGAUGUUAAAUGACAAAUUUCUGCAACAGCUGAAUUUGUUCCUCCUUUUUGACUGACCUUGUGACCCUUUGAUUGAUUGCCGCACUGAUCCCAGAUUCCUGUCUGGUAGAGGUGGCGGUGCUCAGUAACCUCGCCCAGGUCUUCGGUCUCCUCGACUUGGUGAAAGAGAUGCUGGAGAGGAGGAGGCAGCAGACGGAUCCGUGUCAGGAGCAGAUCCUCAGCACGCUCAUCAGUGAGUACACAACGUAGGCUUACACUCCUUUAACUCGCAGUGGUUCAGCAAACUUAAUCUGUACAGCUGUUUGUUAACUAAAAUGUGCAGUUGACAGAGCUCAUAUUAGGGGUCCUUCCCCUUCUUGAUUCUGAUUAUUCUGUGACCAAGAAGUGAAUAAGCAGAGGUGGAAACUAGAGGUUGUCUGGGAUUCCCUGCAUUCGGAGAAUUGCUGGCAUUGCUGCUUAUCAAUGUUUCUCCUGCAUUAUGUUGAAACCGUACAGUGGGGUACUAUUGAUUACAUAAACUUUGUUAAAUGUAGAAACUAAAGUCAGUUUGAUACCGUGGGUUUCUUUUACACUUUGGCUACUGAGUGCCAAACACAAGAAGAGCAUCAGGAGUGCUGCUUCAGAAAACAGGGUUGACAGACGACCCUUAAACCUGCAGUUAAACUGAGUCAAACGCUUGCUGUUGACAUUUCUUGAAACUUAACGGGGACCCAUAAACUUUUAAUCUGGAUUCUGUUCUUAGAUAUUUUGGAAUCAGUAAACACUGAUUUUGUUGGUCUACCUAGGGUCUACUCGCAUUUGCGACUAAAAAAAGAUGUGUGCAAACUGUUAAAUGUAUUUAGCGGCACAUGUGUGCAUAAAAAAAUCUGAGAGCUGAAUAGCUCCUAUGUUGCCUGCUACUUCUACAACACCGGCAAUGUUAGGCUGCAAGCUCACGUGAAGACGAGUGUGCAGAGCAGCGAUGUCUCCGCCCACAACUCAAAGGCGAACUGCUAAUGAUCUACUGGAGCUCUGCAGAAGAAAAGCCCUUGAAAAUGACACAGGUAACGAGAUUUUUGGUAAAAACUUAAUCUCCACAAUUCAAAGACCACUGAGAAAACUUUAAGUAGUAAAAAAAAAAUGAUCAGAGUGAGACUUUAAGUCUAAGCAUGGAUGCUGAUGAAUACUGGUGUUAGAUCUGCAUCAUCAGGGCACACAAACUCAAAACAGAAAAGGAACCAGCCAGGAGAAAGUAACGAUAUAAAUAAGACCCUGUUGUAGAUCCACUCUGCCCUCUCUCUCAGUGCUGUGUUUUCUUGUCUGUGCAGAUCUGGAGGUGCAGUUGGAGGAGCAGAGGAAGCAGCAGCAGGUGCGUGCUCUCUUGUCCUGCCCUCAGCCUGCCAAAAACAAAACUCCCACCAAACGUCAGACCAAGAGGCCUCGUCUCCAGAGACCUGCCUCCACCACCACCCUCCUGACCUCCCCCAUCAAUCAGCAGGCCACCCUCCAGCCACAGCAGUUCACCGUUCUCUCCCCCAUCUCUCUGUCCUCUGUGGGUCAGCCGUUCACCGUGGCAGGCCUGCCCAUUGCCUCCCUGGCCCAGUCCUCUAAUACGGUCACCCUGCUGCCCGCCGGCUCACAGCUCUUCACCCGCUACAUGGUGGCCGGGGAUGGAAAGGCGGACACCAUCACCUUGCACCCGUCCUCAGGUCUCACAUUGGUGGGCACCACCCCAAUGCAGGACUCCAGCCAACUGGGCACAGUAGUGAGCCCCUUAGAGCUGGUGCACCUCAGCCAGCAAGCUGGGGGGGCGGAGGUGGUACCCAUAGAGGGCCAGGUGGUGGAUGGCACCAUGCUGGUGCAGCAGGAGGUUAUGCAGGGUGAGGUGGAAGCUGGCCAGGAGCACACAGUCAUCGAGAUUAACCCCGCCCCGAUGGAGCAGGCCGUGGGAGUGAUGGAGCUGCAGCUGAGCGGGGAGUCGGGCAGAGAGGGGGCUGCUAUGAUGGUCCAGAGUGGAAUGGAGGUGACGAUGGCUACAGGGGAGGAGGAGACACAGUGCCAAAUGCAGGAGGGUCAGACUGAGGGGGUUCAGGGGCUGCAGCUGGACGCCAACGGACAAUUGUCAGGCGUACAGAUAGUAGUGAUAGAAGAAAAUACUCAGGAAGAAAACAAGGUCAAAUGAGACAUGCCUCUUCUUUUAUCCAGCAGAGUGGAAGUGGACUCACAGAGUUCACAUAGACUUGUCAAAGUGUAAAUACACAAUUUCCAAAUCCACAACUCGACUUGGCCUCAACCAAGCACUAGGGUAGCCAUUUCUUCUGUUUUGGGCCAUGUGUCCAUGCUUUCCUCAACUCUCUGAAUUCGGUUGAAACAAAGAAGCAUCGAAACAAAGAGUUUACUGUAUGCUUGUGUUUGACAGGUAUUUAAACCAUUGAUCUGUUUCAUUACAACUGCGGAGAGAUUUUUGUGGUUUUGGCAUCAUUUCUGUCUCAAAGCGUCACAUUGUGCUCACCAGGUUGACUGCUGGGAUACAGUAGAUUCUAAAGAAUGGAAGUCAGACUGGGUCGAGUGGAGUCAAACUGAAGCCUCCAUGUUUUACUUUUGUUAACAUUCAUCUUAGUUUGACCUUCAAGCCUGAGACUUUUGUAUGCAGAAAGUUCUCGAAUCAGUAUUUUGCUUUUUUCGUUUUUGCAGGCUUUGCCAAAAGAAGGAUUAAUAUAGAUUUUAUUUAACUUUUCAAGCUCUUAUACGGUAAUAACAUUAAAGAUAUGGAUUUAAACUUAAAGCUGUAAUAUGCAAUAAUCAUUACAGCGUUUGAAAACACUGAUAGGUUCCCCACUGAACUGAUUAUCAUAUGACAGUGUGAUUAUUAUUUUUUAAAGCUACCAUCGCUUGUUUACAGCUACUCUGUCUUUUGUUUGCUUUUUUUAUGGAUGUGUUUUGCAAAUCCAACACCACACAAGGGAGAAAUAAAACAGUUUUAGGCAUCAGGGGCUGAGUGGACCAUCAGACUCAGCUACGACUUAAACCGAAUACGCCAAGCCUGCCAAAGACCGGUCAUAACUUUGUCUGGUUUUAUACUGCAGAGUUAAAUAACAAACUGCUAAGAUAAAGAUGUUGCUUCUUUAACUUUUCCGGACACUUUGAAUAACAAUCAGAGUGAUAUUGGCAUAAAAAACAACCCUUAACUUAAGCUGAGGUGGUAAUUCUAAGAAAUAUUGUAAAUAUAAAAAUAUUUCCAGCACAAAAACAACAGAAACCCUAAGCUUAAUGUGAAAAAAAACUCUCUCUUCCCAGUUUGACUUAUUUAGGAGAUUCCAUCCUAAUCCCAGCUGUCGCCUAGGUCGGUAAAAUGUCACCGCAUCUAAAGAAACCAUGCCAAAAACGACAAAGCACCUCAGUUGUAUUUCUCUGACUUAUCUUUAAAGCCUCUAUGAACAACCUUAGGACUACAGUAAAAACUGUAAAGUCUACCUGCAGGGCUUUUAAUGGUGCUGAUAGUUCAGCAGCUCACAUUUCUCACACUGACUCAGACGCAGAAGGCUGUAAGUCUGGGCUCUCUGCUGCUGAUCAGACUCUUUACCAGAAACAGUGUUCGUGUCACCUGAGGCUGGGAUUUAUUGCACUCUGUUGUGUUGUAGCAUCGCAUUUAAGCUGUAUUGUUUUUGCACUGUGUUGUCCUGUCAGGACGACGGGAAGAUGUUCGCAAAGAUGCCUGCUUUCUAGACUUUUUCUUUUCGGUUUCAGCCACAUCCCGAGUGUUUUAUUUCUGUGUAUAGUUGAAAGGAAACAAACUAAGCGCUUCUCACUGGAAAUGCAUCGCUUUCACACUUAUUUUCUCACAGGUUUUCUUCCUGCCUGAUUUCACUCACACUUCCUUUCGAUAUCGUGGCCGUGUGUUUCUUUAUUUCAGUAUGAUAGGCUGUGUGAGCUACUGGGCUGAUUGUUUAAGUCGAUAUAUAAACAUAAAAAAAUGUAUAAAUACUUAAUGUCAAACUUUGGUAUGCCUGUUAUUUUACACUUGUAAAAAGGUGUCAUAUUUAUUAGUUUUCAAACCUUCAUGUUCAGGUGCAAACAUGGAUUAAUUUAUGCUCGUUCACAUCAACAGAGACCUGUUCAAGGCUUGUGCAUUUUCAGUCAUUUAAUUUAACAGAAGAGAAUAUUUGCAUACUGACUUUGUAAUGUGUUUUAAUAUCAGAUUAAAACAAAACAAAACAAAACAACAAA